UUGAAUUUCUCCUCAUCACCUCCAAAAACCCUGCUUUUCACGUCCAUCCAUGGCCACCGCACAAGGCAAGAAAAAGAAACAGAAUAAAAACCAAACCCCAGAAUCCCAAUUCAACUAUAAUCUCAACUUCUUCUCCAAAUCCAAAGACCUUCGCUCUGCUGUCUCUCUCUAUGAUUCCGCUGUCUCUAGCGACACCCGUCUCAGCCAGCACCAUUUCAACACUCUUCUAUACCUCUGUUCUAUCUCUCUCUCUGACCCGUCAACGAAAGAGCUUGCGCUUCAAUAUGGGGUUCGCGUAUUUGACCAUAUGGUGGCAAAUGGUAUCAAACCCAAUGAAGCAUCGAUCACUGCUGUUGCCAGACUUGCUGCAGCAAAAGGAGAUGGCGAUUAUGCUUUUGAUUUGGUUAAGAAUAUGGGUGUCCAUAAUGAAUUGCCGCGGUUGAGGACAUAUGAUCCGGUCUUGUUAUGUUUCUGUGACAAAUUGGAGGCUGACAAAGCGUAUGAGGUGGAGGUGCAUAUGGAAAGUAUGGGAGUGAGUUUGGAAGAGACAGAGCUUGCGGCAUUGUUGAAGGUGAGUGCGGAGACUGGAAAUGAGGAAAGGUUUUAUGGGUACUUGCAGAAAUUGAGAAAGACGGUUAGGUGUGUGAGGGAGGAGACUGCAAAGAUAAUUGAGGAUUGGUUUCAGAAUUUUGAGCAUAAUGGACAGGAAUUGAACGUGGGUUUGGUGAGAGAGGCAGUUACAAGAAAUGGAGGCGGGUGGCAUGGGAUUGGGUGGAUUGGGAAGGGGAGGUGGGUGGUGAGGAGAGGAAAUGUGGAUAAUGAUGGAAAAUGUUUUUGUUGCGGGGAGCAUCUGGCUCGUAUAGAUAUUGAUGAUACGGAGACUGAGAGAUUUGCGGCAUCUGUUGCUGGUUUGGCAAUGGAAAGGGAGGUUAAAGCUUAUUUUAAUGAGUUUCAGGACUGGCUGGACAAACAUCCCAAUUAUGAAGCAAUUGUAGAUGGAGCAAAUGUUGGUCUCUAUCAGCAAAACUUUGCAGAAGGCGGAUUUAGUGUUUCUCAGCUUGAUGCUGUUGUGAAAGAGCUGUAUGGUCAGAGUGGGAACUGGCCUCUUAUUGUCUUGCAUAAUAAACGUGUUCGGGCGCUCCUGGAAAAUCCUUCUCACAGUAAACUGAUUCAAGAGUGGAUAGAAAAAGAAGUUCUUUAUACAACUCCUCAUGGUUCAAAUGAUGAUUGGUAUUGGCUAUAUGCUGCUGUAAAACUGAGGUGCUUGCUUGUUACUAAUGAUGAGAUGCGGGAUCAUAUUUUUGAACUUCUGGGAAGCAAUUUCUUUCUCAGGUGGAAAGAGAGACAUCAAGUUCGAUAUACCUUUAUGAAAGGGAACCUGAAACUUCAUAUGCCAGGACCAUUUUCUGUGGUAAUCCAGGAGUCGGAAAAAGGAGCAUGGCAUGUGCCAAUAGCAGGUGAUGGAAAUGAGGAUUCUAAACAGAGUUGGCUCUGCAUUACCAGGCCAAGUGCUUGGGGUGAACCAGGGGAAGAUGCAGUGAGCAUGGAAACUUGUGAGAAUGGUGACAGCGUUUGGAACGGUUGUAAGUUGUUGAGCCCUUGCAAACCAAAAUGUAUUUCAAGUUGCGAUAGUGAACCUGAAAGGCAAGAUUCUUUUCAAGAGUCUGAUAAUAAACCUGCAACAAUGACAGGUAAACGGAAAGAAAGAUCCCCAUCUCCAUCAAUUUCCUAGUUGUAUCUUCCUUGAAAUUUGUGUCAUUUAUAAAAGGCCUUUGAGGACCCUCUGUUGAAUCCUUUGGGUUCACAAGGAGAAACCAAAAAAAAAAAAAAAAAAUAAAAUCCAAUGUUGAAUUUGGUUACCUCUUGCUCUGUAAUACAAAACGCUAUGCUUUUAAUUGGAAAAAGAAGAUUACUUACAGGAAUUUUGACA